AUGCCGAGUGGUGCCGCCACUGUGGAAAACACUUCUGCUCACUACCUGAAUUUUAACAGCAUGCUGAUCCUUCUUCCCAUGUAUUGAUAUCUGCUGUCCUUCCUAGCGGCAUCUGCUCAGCACACCCUGAGAAAACAAGUGUAUCUCAACCUCACCUUCCAUAAACUGGUGAUAUUUAUGAUCUGCCUACACACAGCUAUUCAUGUCAUUGCACACCUGUUUAACUUUGAAUUAUACAGCAGAAGCCAACAGGCCACAGAUGGAUCCCUUGUUUCUGUUCUUUCCAGACUAUCUUGUUAAGAGAAAGAGGAGGAUUUUUGGCUAAAUCCCACCCAGUCUUCAAACAUUACAGUGAUAUACGUGACAUUCAGCAUUCCUGGUUUCACUGGAGUGAUCAUUGCAGUAGUUCUGGUUCUCAUGGUGACUUCACCUAUCGAGUUUAUCUGGAGGAGUUAUUUUGAGGUCUUCUGGUAUACACUCCAUAUUUUCAUCAUUUACUUCACUGGCUUAGGAAUUCAUGGCAUUGGUAGAAUUGUCCGAGGUCAAACAGAAGACAGCAUAAAGGAGAGCCAUCCUCACAGGCGCUCAGGUAUUUUUGAGAAAUGGGAUGAUCAUGACUCCCACUGUGAGCAUUCCCAAUUUGAGGGGAAUCCUGCUGAGUAUUGGCAGUGGAUCCUUGCACUGGGUGUUCUUUAUAUGUUUGAAAGGAUCUUCCAAUUUUUGCUACUGUUUAUAAUUACCAAGGUUGUCAUACACCCAUCCAAAGUUUUGCAAUUGCAGAUGAGUAAGCAUGGCUUCAGCAUGGAAGUGGGACAGGAUAUUCUUGUUAAUUGUCUUUCAGUCUCUUAUCUGGAGUGGCAUCUCUUUACUCUGACCUCUCAUCCUGAGGAAGACUUCUUCUCCAUUCAUACCCAUGCAGUAAGAGGAAGGACAGAAAAUCUCAUAAAGAUUUUUGAAUAAAAGUAUUCACGAAAUCCCAGGAUUGAGGUGGAUGGUCCCUUUGGCACUCUCAGUGAGGAUGUUUUUCAGUAUGAAGUGGCUAUGUUGGUCAGAGCAGGAGUUAAGAUCACCCCCUUUGCUUCCAUUUUGAAGUUCAUCUGGUACAAAUUCCAGCAUGCAGAUCACAACCACAAAACACAAAUGCAAUUAAACUUUGACAAAACCCCCAACAUCCUGAUAGGUCUGAAACACAAAACCUUCUUUGGGAGACCUAUGUGGGAUGAAUUUUCUACAAUAGCUACCACCCACCCCAAGUCUGUGGUGGGAGUCUUCUUAUGCAGCCCUCAGGCUUUGGCAAAGAGCCCGUACAAACGUUGUCACCAAUACCCCAGUCUAGAUGCUAGGAAGGUUCAAUUCUACUUCAACAAGGGAAAUUUCUGA